GGUUGUCUGGUGGCGGGCUUCCCUCGCGUUGAUCAGCUGAGGCGUGCCUCGUGAGCAGCGGACGCGGGUUGUUUAGCGGCCACGCGGUCAUCUGCCAGCCACGUUUUUUCAAAACACGUGCUAAUAUUUACAGUAUUUGUCUUUAUUAAAACGGCGUUUUCGACAUAUGACGAUCUUAGAAUGACAUUCACACCAGACUGAAUCAUGGCAGCCAUCAGAGCGCGUGUGGACACCUGGACGCACGAGGACAUGCCCGGGCGUGUCUGAUUCUCAGGGCCGGGGAAAGACACCACCAUGGACAGCAAAUUUCCUGACCAGCUUUUCCCACACUUCUAUCUGGACGGACCGCCUGAAGUGAAGUCGAAGCAUAGUUACGGAGGCUGGGGUUCAUACGAGCGCGUGUUUGCUGUCAGUGCGGGCCCGUGUGAUGGUGAUCAGUCAUCGGUCCAGCAUGUGUUUGAAUCCCAGCACACUCUGAGUGGUGAGGAAUGGGUGCCGCUCAAACCAGCCGUUACCCCUUUAAUUCCACCAUGUGAAGAUGCCAAACUCUCAUCUGAUGUUCUUCCAGAUCCAAUGGAUUUUCCGGAGCACAUGCAGUAUUUUUACAAGCAUCACUAUAUGGAUGCGUUCUCCACAAUGGGACAUUUGCUUCAGGACAACUUAUCUUUCAAAAAGAAACAGCCAAAGGAUGUUUUGUCAAUGAGCUGGGCCAACAACUUCAUAAAGGGCUUAAAUUAUAAAAGGUGUGAGGUCGCGUUUUACUCGCGGAAGGUCCGUCAUUUGCACAAUCUUGUCGGUGACGUUGUGAGCGAUGUUCCUCCUUCUCUCCUGGCCUCGCUCCUCCAUGAGGAGCUGACGUCUCAGCGGGAACAGCAGCGGUUCUGUGCAGACGCCACAGGGGGCGCUCUGGGAUACGUGCCCUUACACGAGUCCCAGGGGUUCAGUGAUGGCUGUCUGAUCUAUCCCAGCGGAGACGCAAUGGACAAACUCAAUUUCCACAGGGUGGUGCAACAGUUCAGUGAUGACAAGCCUCCUAGUUUCCUCAUGGACUCCAAACCUUUUGUCUAUUAUUUGAAUGGACCUGUCAGACAGAUCAGUUCGGCCAAUAUGGAGGAUAUAGGUAACGUGGCUGUGCGCUCGGAUUAUUUCUGUGGCGUUUGGUUGCUAGGAGACAAAAGAAAGCCACUGUUAAUAGACGUCAUCCAGACAAAAGAUCGCUUCUCCGGCAUCACUGUCAGUCCACACUUCCCCAAUGAGCUCGCGGUGGUCAAUGAGCGGGGAGCAGCUUAUCUUUGGACUGCGAAAAAAGGAUUGCAGAAGUUCCGUGAAGAAGAUUCCAACCUGUACUUCAAUGCUAAGUCGCCAUGGCGAUGGUGUGAGUUCUCCUGUCACCCGAGAGUGAUGGUGUAUGCUGAAAGAACAGGGGCGGAGCUUACAGACAUUCGGAGUGCUGAUAGUAAUCACACGUUGUUUCGGAUCGGAAGGACAGCAGCUUGUAUGUCGGGAGAGCGAGUGAUCCUCACCAAAUACCUGAGUAAAAGCCACGCCCAUCACCACCUCAUUAAUACCCAGUUUUCCACCUACAUCAUGGAUGAACGGGUUCCCAGCAUCCCCAUGCUGAAAUGGGACCAUAUGAUGGAGUCUCCACCGAUGUUUGCCUGCGAUUUGCCAGCACAGACCCCGAGGCAAACGUGCAAACUGCUGCUGGGUGCUCAGAGGUCACAGGAACUCAUGUUACUGCAGUACACGGGUGGGAGAGAGCACGUCUGUCAGACUCGGGGAUCCAUUCAAAAGCUUUCAAGUCCCAAAGAGAGUCUGAGCCACCUAAACCUUCUGCUACCCCACAAGAGACACCUCGCUCAGAAGAGACUGAACGUGCCUGCUGCAGGUUUCACAGCUGUACAGAAGAAGGACUACCUGUCUGUUUUCCAGCUCACAGAAACCGGAGACAUCUUUUACCAAAUGCUGAAGUUGCACACAGAUCAGACAGCAAGCAGUAAUGACGCACCAGAACAAUCUGUCAGUGUGCAACCUACAGUAGAAACUGGAGAGAGCGAGAACAUGCAGUCCUGCACUGACAAUGACGACCAAUCUGUUCAGAGCGACUCUGAGACUGAGGGACGGCAGGCGGCGCUUCGUCAUUUGGAAGUAAUUGACAAUGUUGAUAAUGACGGCUUAAAUACUUUGGAUACAAAUGAAAAUAUCAGGAAAGAACCAUCAAGCAAUCAUCAAUUGGGAAUAACCCAACUGGUUCCACCAGACCGCCCAACCCAAGCAAGGAUCCAGAUCUCCAAGCUGCCUGGAACAAAUGGUUUAAGCCCAUUUUCAAAAAGGCUGAUGCCAAAAAGCGUCACCAUAAAUUUCGGCGGAUCAGAACGGAUGAUUAAGUGCAUGAUGGGCAAAAAGCUUAAUAAACCAAAGGAAGAUAAAUGGAUGAGACUGAGGAAAGACCUUCAAGAGGUCAUGAGGAAGAAAGAGAUGCUCUUGCAUGGGGUCACUUACCUCCCUCACCUGAACGUUACGCCGGUUCCCGAUCCUGUAGAUCCCGAUGACUGGCCUGACGAUGUGAGCCAGCGGUUGGCUGCGUCGUGGGAGGGCCAGUGGACAUACUGGUGGGAGGAGAAGCUGGGUUUGAACCGGGACGAGAAAAUCGCAGCUCUCCGUCGAAAGCGUCGGAGACAGAAGCAGGCCAAAGCUCGCAAACGCACCUCACUUUCUGGAAGCUUCACCUCGUCUGUGAGUUACCAAGAGAGUCUCUCUGGUUUGUCAUCGGUGGAGAGUCAGUGUCUGGGUUCGGAUGAAGAGACUUUGGAGAGCUCGAACUCGCAAGCUCCGGACAUGGAGGAAUGGAGAGCCAGACCUGAGAUUCACAGAAAGAGCCCCGUCAUACUGAGACGGUUUUUAAAUGAACAAUCGACUGCAGACAAAUCUUUCAGAUCUCCUAAAAAAUCUCCUCCAAGGCCGGAUCAAAACCUUUUGACAUCUCCGUCAAAAUCUCAAUCUUCCAUUCAGGUUGAACGACCGACCUCUAGAACCCCUAGUGUUGCAGCAGGGAUGGAUUUGGGUCCUCCUGCGUCGCUUCCCUCCACACAGCCAACAUCUGUCCAAUCGAAAAGGCGCAAGGAGUUUUACCUUAGUUCCCUUCCCACGUCCCAAAUGUCGACUCAGGACUCCGCACUGGAUGGUGGAUAUCCUUCACCUCGGAUUCACCUUUCUUCUCCGACUCCAUCUCAUCCUUCCUUGUCUUCUCAGAGAGUUUCCCAAUUCAGAAGCCUCUCUCAGGCCUCCCAGCCAAAGAAGAAGUCUCGGAUGGGCUUCUGAAGACCCGCCUCCGAACAAGGAAUGCUGCAAGGUGAGCUGUGUUUACCUCUCGCUCUCGUCCCACGCGCCCUCCGGGAUGGUUGGCAGCUCGGGGACGCUGCGGUAGCUGCUGUGCAGGUUCUGUGCCGUCCUCCGCGAGACGAUCCACACCAGUUUCUUGUGGUCAGGUUUGGCACAUUCUGGAGAGGAGUAUUCCCUCAUACACUGACCUACCAGACCUCGCCAGCGCGCUAGGUCAGCCUUGGAGAUCUGCAAACAGACACGGCUGCAUUAGACACCAGCUUACAUAAGAACAGGGCAAAGAGCCAGCCUCAUUUUGGACAGGAGUAAACCAAUAGCCUGCUGGCAACAGGACUGGGUUAAGAGCUUUGGAUUCUUCCUACUCCAUAGAUGUUUAAGUGCUGCUGAAACUAAAGGUGUAUAUAUAUAUUUUUUUUUUAAUUAUAAAUUGUCUGAUUAAACUACUUGACUCUGAACCAAACAGAGCGGUCUGUGACAUUUAACUUAAUUUCUUCACUUUUAAAAAGUUUAUAUUGAUGCUCAGGUUGUUUAAAAAGGUUGACAUACUUAUGAAUUUUUACCUUCAAGUGUGUUUGUAUGCGCUGGGCGAUUUCUAGCAGGUCCGCAGACUGUAAGGCCUCGAUCUCAAGCAUCAAGAGCGACAAAGCGAGCACCGAAGGCUAAAAAAAAAAAAAAAAAAAAAAGAGAGUUUAUCAGAAUUCAAACUUCUAUGUAACUUGCUUUAAGAAUCACUGUUUGUUUAAGUUGUUCUUACUUUUGCUUUGGAGAAAACGAUUCUGCAUAGGCAGGCUUUCAGCUGGGCUUCAAGUUUGUCAAGAUUCAGGACGUCUUUUCUGAAAAGGAGAAAAAGAAUUGGUGCAUUAGAGAAAUUUUGUUAGCCGAGCUGUUUGCCAUUUAACAAGUCUAGUCAGAAGAUAAUCUCCUAGUUUCACUGUGACCCAUAUACAGCAAAGUGCACUUGCCAGCUCUGUUUAACAACCUUUACACAAGUCAAAGUUUCCAUUGUUGAGCCUACAUGUUAAUAGAGUUUAUCUGGCGCAGAGUCUGAAGUUUGAUAAUGCCAGCCGUUCUCACCUGUUGGACGUGUGCGAAAGUGCAAUGCCGUGGUACAAAUGCAGGAAGGUUAAGGCUGUGACGGCUUUUAACUGGAAGUUGAGCUUCUCCGAAAUGAUCUUCUCCAUUCGGCUGAGGUCCGAGACGGUGAACUUGCACUGGCUGAUGCGAAUGAGCUCAUGGCUGGACGAAACAUUGCACUCCUCUUCGGUCACUCGAGCGGCGAUGUGAAGGCAACCGAUGCUGAUGCAGGCCAGAUACCUGGGCUGAACCUUCAGGCGACACAAAAGCGAUCAGUCAUAGCACAUUUUAUUACGUUAAUCGAAUGCAUUGAUCUAUAACUAACUGCUUACCUUCAUCAUAGCUAUAAACCUGUCCAGCAGGUUAACGGCUAGUACAAAGGUCUGAGUGCUGUACCCGAAGAAACUGGUCAAGCUCCAGAGAUCUUCCACUCGAGCAUCUCGACAUUUGGCUGAAACUCCGUUACCGUUCUAUGUGGAUGAGAAAUAAGUUACAUUAAAAGUUUAAAACCGACAUUUUGUCAGAUGCUUUAAGAGUAAAAGAUUUUUACAUCACAAAAGGUAUUUUUACAGUAUGCAAUGUACAGAAAUACAGUGCAGAUUUCCAUAACUGUUAUUUAUGUUUUCAAAUAAAGUUUGUAUUUUCACA